AGGAGCACUCCAGCGUGCGGGACGACCUGGAGCGGCAGGUCACCGAGAAGGAUAAGGAGCACGCGGUCGUGUAUGCUGAGCUGGAGGACCUGCGGCGAGAGAUGGCCGCCAACAAAGGCGCCGUCGCGGACAUCGAGGCCCUGCGCGAACAGUCUGCAAAGGAGAUCGCCAGCACGAAGGCGUCCCAUGAGGAGAUGCUCAACGCCGAGCGCACUCGGAACGAGGAGCAGAUCUCGAAGGCCAUGCGCCAGGCAGCCGCUCUCGACGGGAAGCUGGACAGCCAGCGGGAGCUAUUGAGGGAGACGAACCAGGCCCUCCGCAGGAGCGAGGAGGCGGAGGCGCGCCUCGCGGCGGAGCUCGCGGAGAAGGCGAGCCAGCUGGACGCCCAGGGCUCCGCGGCCCGCGAGGAGCUGGAGGCCGCCCUCGCGAAGGCGCAGCGGGAGGCGGAGGCCGACAACGCCCGCUUCGCCCAACAGCUGGAGUCCGCGGAGGUCAUGGCCCGCCGCGACGCCGCCACGGAAGUGGACACCGCGCAGAGGCUCGAGGCGGAGGUGG